AUGGGCGUCAAGCUUCAGAUUCAGCUUCUCGAGGCGCGCGGCCUGCCGCCCAAGGACAAUGGCGGCGCGAGAGACGCGUUUGUGCGGUUCCAGAUGGGCGGCUCGAAGGCCCGCAGCAGGAGUGUAGCUAAGGACAACAAUCCGACGUGGCAGGAAGAAUUUCUCUUUUCGGUCAGCGACCUGGAAAAAGACGAACUGCUGGUGACGGUGUGGGACAAGAGCGUCUUCCUGGGCGAGGAAUUUCUCGGGCAGCUUGUGCUGCCCGUGCGGCAGGUGCUGGCGUGCGACAGCUACGAGCUCCAGGCGAUGUGGUUCCCGUUACAGAACAGGCUCACGCGACCGCGCGCGACGGUUACAGGCGACAUUUUGAUUUCCGCCAGCCUGUGGGGCGUUUCGUCGUUAGUGGCGGAGUCUGUUUCCCCCUCCGCCUUGCCAUCCAGCCCCCUCCUUCCGCCCACUCCUCCCCGCUCCGCCCCUUCCCCCGCCCUCAUCACCACAGUCAGCCUCGCCUUUCCUAAACCUUCUUCCGCCCCUCCCCCUUCCGCCACUCCCCCUUCCGCCUCUCCCCCUUCCGCCUCUCCCCUUUCCGCCUCUCCCCCUUCCGCACCUCCCCCUUCCGCCCCUUCCCCUUCCGCCCCCGCCCUUUCCUUCCCCCUCAAGCCCGCGCUGCGCCGCCAUACAGGCCCCUCCGAUACAGUCACACCCACUGCUCUCUCCCCGUGCGGGGAAGCAGACAAGGGGGAAGCGUGGGGCGGAGGGGGAAAGCUGGGACCGGAAGAGGGAGUGGGGGAAGGGGAAGGAGAAGGCGAAGGGAAAGCUGAAAGGAAGGAGGAAGGGGAGGAGAAAAGGGAAGGGGAAGGGGAAGCGGAAAGGGAAGGUCAUGAUGCGUCCGCCAACCUUCAAGGUAAAGAGAAGGAGGAGGGCGCGGCGGAUGGCACAGCAGCAGCAGCAGCCGCCACCGCCACCGCUGCUAAACCGCGGCAUCAGAUUCUCCAGUCACUCACCGAGUCCUUAAAGCCCAACCCGCAGCAGCUGCAGCAGCUGAAGCAGCGCCUGCAUGCCUCCAAGCUGUCAGCAGCAUCAGCCAUCCGGUCAUUCGGGCACGCCGUGGAAAACAGCGUAGCCAAGGCAGGGCAGUCCGUGCGUGCCGCCAACGCCAAGGGCGGUGGGGUUGCACCCGUGGCGACUGAUGGGGAGGAGGGGGAGGGGGAGUCGCGGAGAGGGUCGUUGGGGGAGGGUGACGGGGCGAGCGGAGGGGGAGGUGGGGAGGCAGGGGGAGGGGCAGGGGGCACGGGGGAAGCGGGGGAGGUGGAGGUGCCGGGGGUGUGGUGGGAGCAGGAUAUGAGGGACGUGCCGAGUGCAGGGCCCAUGCCCGGGGAGCUAGCUGGAGGCGGUGUGCUGGUGGACCAGGCGUUUGAUGCCGCCCCACACGUGCUGUUUGCCACCGUCUUCAAGCCCGGCUCGCCCUUCUUCCAAGAAUUUGCUGCAGGGCCCAUGCCGGGGGAGGUACCUGGAGGCGGUGUGUUGGUGGAGCAGGCCUUUGAUGCCGCCCCACACGUGCUGUUUUCUGCCAUCUUCAAGCCCGGCUCGCCCUUCUUCCAGGAAUUUGCCAGCGGCGGCGCAGGGGCGGAGCAGCAGCAGCAGGAAGACACAGGCACCGUGAUGCACCGCACUGUAUCGUACAUGACCGCACCGUCCUCCCUGGUGAAAUCGGUACAGGCAACAGAGGAGGUGCUGUGUGUGCGGGCAGAUGCAGGGGGAUUCCUGGUGGCUGUGACGGCGAAAACCCCUGACGUUCCGUAUGGAGGCACGUUCGAAAUUCACCUCCAGUUCUGUAUCACUCCGCUUACAGAGGAGGGUGCAGGCGCAGGAGGAGGAGCAGGAGAAGGAGCGAACACAGGCGAGCAGAGCAGCAGCAGUAGAGUCCCGGCCUCUGCAGCAGGUGGUGAUGGGAAAGAGACAGGUGCAGAGGGGUCAGGCAGUGGGGUGAAGAGUCGGCUGCGAGUGUCGUAUGAGCCGCAUUUCCUGCAGAGCACCAUGAUGAAAAGCAUGAUAGAGAAUGGCGUGCGCACCGGCCUCAAGGAGUCGUAUGCCACCUUCCUCUCUGUGAGUGUGACGUGUUCUGAGAUCUCUCAAGUGCGGGUGUUGUAUGAGCCGCAUUUCCUGCAGAAUGAAGAGUACUCACAAAGGAUGUCCCUCCCCUCGUCUCCACCCCACUGGUGUUCUCACAAAGCACGUCCCUCCCUUCGUCUCCACUGCACCAUCCACCUCCCUCUGGUUGAUUUUUUCAUCCACUCUCUUCUCCUCUCCCCUACAUCCCCCGCAACUCUCUCUCAGGGCGACCAUGGGAAGAAGGCGGUGGGGGACGGGUGGCUGCUGACGGUGUCACUGGUGGAAGGGGGAGCAACUGAAGCCAUUCAAGCAGGCUCACGCAACGCACUUGUUUCAAUCUCCCUCUUCUCUGUUUCCCCCUGCUGUCAUUCCUCCGUCAAAACAGAGGGCGACCACGGGAAGAAGGCGGUGGGGGAGGGUUGGCUGCUGAUGGUGUCGCUGGUGGAGUGGGGGAGAGCUCAACCAAUGCACUUGACUCAUUCUCCCUCGUCUCCCUCAAUUCUCCUCAACCCCCCCUUCCGUCUCUGUCCCCCUGGCGCCACCCCUUUUACUGAGCAGAGGGCGACCACGGGAAGAAGGUGGUGGGGGAGGGGUGGUUGCUGA